CCCACGCCCCCGCAUCGAUCCCUGCGCUUAGGAGCCCUGUUUCCACCCUGAGACCAUCCCCGGUCCUGACCGGACCCUUGAAGCCAUGACCACGCCCCUAGCCCGUGGCCACGUGCCCAGGAGCCCGGUUUCCACCCGGAGCCCGCCCCCAUCCCUGAUCCGCCCUCAGGAUCCCAGGCCUCGGGUGGCGGCAACCACAUCAUAAACGGCGAGGACUGCAUCCCGCACUCGCAGCCCUGGCAGGCGGCGCUGUUCACGGAAGACGAAUUUUUCUGCGGGGGCGUCCUGGUGCAUCCGCAAUGGGUGCUGUCAGCCGCACACUGUUUCCAGAAGUCCUACACCAUCGGUCUGGGACUGCACAGUCUUGAGGCCAGCCAAGAACCAGGCAGCCUGAUGAUGGAGGCCAACUUCUCCAUACAGCACCCAGAAUACAACAAACCUUUUAUCGCCAACGACCUCAUGCUUAUCAAGUUGAAAGAGUCGGUGCCCGGGUCGGAUGCCAUCCAGAACAUCAGCAUCGCCUCCCAGUGCCCGACCGCUGGGGAUUCUUGCCUCGUUUCUGGCUGGGGUCAGCUGAUGAAUGGCAGGCAGCCCCAAGUGCUCCAGUGCGUAAACAUCUCGGUGGUGCCCGAGGAGAUCUGCAGCGAGUUCUAUGCCUCCGUGUUUCACCCCAGCAUGUUCUGUGCCGGUGGAGGACAGGACCGGAAGGACUCCUGCAGGGGUGACUCUGGGGGCCCCCUGGUCUGCAAUGGGUCCCUUCAGGGCCUCGUGUCUUUUGGACAAGUCCAGUGUGGCCAACCCUAUGUGCCAAGCGUCUACACCAACCUCUGCAAGUUCACUGACUGGAUACAGAAAACCAUUCAGGACAAUUAACUUCUAGAACUUGGACCCAAGAAACUCACCCCCUAAAUAUAGGCUGCAGAAGGGAUUCAGGAAUUUGGAUUCCCAGUGCCUUCCUCCCUCAGGCCCAGGAGUCUAGGUUCCCAACCCCCUUCUCCCUUAGCCCCAGGGAUCCAAUCCCACCAAGAAUCUUUUCCUGUACUCAGUGCCCCCUAGUGGCACAAUGUUGACCCAGCCUUACCAGCGGCAGAGAAAGUUGGUGUUUCACUUUUGUUCCUU